UGCAGCACAGAGCCCUGCUGUCACUCUCUGUCUGCUUCACUGAUUCCUCUUUUGCCGAAGGCGACGGAUGGCCACUCUCCCCCCAUGCCUGGACAGCGCUGGAUGUGAAGAGGCACCAUGGGUUUUAUGGAGUUUUACCUGGAGAUCGAUCCUGUCACGCUGAAUCUCAUCAUCCUGAUCGCCAGCUACGUGAUCCUGCUCUUGGUUUUCCUGAUAUCGUGCAUACUGUAUGACUGCAGGGGCAAAGACCCCACCAAGGAGUACACGUCAGAGCCUCCUGCUGCCCCGUCCCAGUCCCCCAUCAGACUGGUGGUCAUGCAGGGCUCCCCAGCCUCGGCCCACUGGGACCAGAACAACUUGGUCACGCCGUAUGAGACGCCUGCCGCCGACGUGCAGGAGAAGAGAAGCACGCUGGUCUGAAGGGGCCGGUGAGCAGGUCUCCUUCGGAGCGCGCUCACAGACGCUAACCAGACAUACUGCGCCGUUAACUUUCGACUCGUCCUGUAGAAUUUACUGUGCACACAUUUUUGGACAAGGUUUUCACUAGUCCCUUUGGAAAGACUGCACUGAGAAGGUAAGAAGCAGCCAGCAGUGUGAAAAUGGCAGCUGAGGAUGUGAGCAGGUGGCCCCUCCUGAAGCUCUGCUGGAUUCGUAUGCACAUGUCUGCAAAACGAUCAACACUGACAACAUGUGGAGGACAGAUCUUCCGUGUCUGCACAGUUUUUUCAUGUUAAGGAGUCACCCCAUUCGCCCUGAAGCCUAACCUAAGUGCCCCUGGGCAUGGCAGUGUGCAACUAAACCAGCUGGACAUACCUCUACAGGACCCCAGUGGCGGAUGUGAUUAAGGAAGUCCUAAAUGUAGCUGCAAUAAACUGAUGGUGCACAGUAACAUGAUUUUUAAUUUUUUUCCUGUUCUGUCUCCCUGACAGCACAUGAAAUCAAUCCCUAGAAGCUUAAAUGGAAGUCAAGUGGUCUUGCAUCUUUGACGGCACAUGAUUGGUUUACCAUUUAGGUUUCCAGAGACAGGGCAUGCACUGACUGUACAUGCUCCUCCACUAAAUGUUUGUAAUAUCUCUUAUAUCUAUCUAAAGCAACUAUGUUUGACCUCUUUUGUUUUUUUUUGUUUUUUUUGUUUUUGCUUUUUUGUUUUUUUAAUGGUCUGUGUUUUUAUCACUAGGAACCGGGACAGGUCAGCCAAUAAUCAAAUAAAAGGACAGUAAUAUUAUUUACAUAUAACGUGUAUUAUAAUGAUUAACAAGAUAUAGGAUUCAUUUUUAUGAGUGUUUUUAUUAGAUUUAUUGAAUGGACCCACCUGUCACUAUAUUUUUUAUUAUGAAUACAUUCAAUCUGAAAAUAAGAUUUUAUAUUUUAGAAAAAUUGGAACAAUGCAAAAAAAUAGUUACUUACAGUACAAACACGCAAAUGAAAAUAUAUGUUAUGCAUCCUUAAACAACAUAUUUUUAACAGUGUCAGUUAAAUUAUCAUCUGAAAGCAAUGUGUAAUACAUUGUUUGUACUGCAAGUGAGUGUUCUGAAUGCUGUCAGAUUAUGGUGGUAUUUAAAAUAUCUCCACAUAGUGAGUUCAGAUUAGGUUACAAAGUUCAGAUUUAAAAGCUCACUUAAAGGUUAAGAUUUAAGCUCAGACAUGGUGGUGUAAAAGGAGCGCUAAUAGAACAGGAGGAUGGGCGGGUUCAGGGCUGCCUUUAAAUCGUCCAGGAACCCCCCUCUGUUCCCUUCUGAGCCCAGGCAGAAGGGCUCGCUUGUGCACCAGGGCUUUGAGUAAUGCUGCAGGAAAUGUAUAACAGCGGUGUGUUAGACAGAUGCUGAUGAAACAAAUCCUCGUAUGCGAGGCAGAGGGAUGUUUCUAACAUGGCAAUCAUUGCAGGACAUUUUCAAUACAUUUUAGUGAUUCAGAUGUGUUAAAAGCUACAGAUAACAUAAUCAGUCAUUUUUUUAACACACAUCCACAUCUAACUGAGGGCAACACAUUUUGUGUUACUUUCAACCCAGUCUGUGUUAAAAGUCUCCCUUCGCAACACAUUAGUAUAUUUGGAACACGAAAGUUGUAACUUUAACACAAAAUGAGUUGAAAGCAAAAGUAGAAACAUAAAAGUGUUGCACACACACACACACACACACACACACUCACGCAUGUGGGCGUGUGUGCACGGGAACAAACCUCAAAACGAGAGGCCAUGUGAAUUGUCUUAUUACCACCCAAUUUAUUACCAUGUCUUAUUACUUUGGUUCAAGAUAGUAAGGAUAGGGCUGACUAAUGUUGCAAAUAAUUAUUGUGAUAGGGACAUGUACUAUAUAAAUUCUGUCUAUGAUAUUUACACCCGCUCUCUGCAUGCACAGGAAAUGUGUUUUAACUCAGCUUAUCACAGGAGAAAUGGAAAACAACUUUGGCUUAUUAUAACAUUAACAGUUCAAUAAAUUAAUAUUGUGAAUUAUUUGUUUAAUUUGAUUUUUAUAGUCCUGUUAGCACAGAAGAUUAUUCCUUCAGCCAUUGGAACUUCUAUUUAUUACAACAUGUUAAGAAAUAUCAUUCUUCAUUUCAAAAUAGAAAUAAAAUAAGUAAUGAUGUAACUAAAUGGCGACUGUGCCCUUGCCUACAGUGGCUGGUAGCUCUUCAUAAAUAGACAUAGUAUCUGAAUGAAUGAUUGCAGUUGGCCUGUUCUCUCUCUCAUUUGACCCAAUUAAGCGCACAGCUCAGCUGGCUAACUGUGCUGUAAAAAAAGAGUCAAACAGUUAACUCUGGAGAUGAGAGAACAUGCUUUUCCCCCCACUAUCAUUGUUUGUCAGAUUCAGUCACUAUCCCCGUUGUUAACUCUACAUUUGCUUAAAGAAUAAGACUAAUUUCACAUUUAAACCAAA